CCUUUUUUUAUACUGAUUGUCUUUAUUUUGCACAAAUAGUUCUUUUGUAUCAGAGGUCCAAUUAAAAAAAAUCUGAAGUCCAUAAAGUGACCUUUUAGUACAUAUUCUCUGGAUUUCUUUAAAACAGACCUUAUUUUAUAUUGUGAAAGGAAAAGUAGUAGGAAAUGUUUCUCCUGUAAAAAUUUGCCAUGUGUGCAAGGCACCUGCAUUAUGAAAAGGGAGAGUAUUUGAUGGGAAAAAUUCUGAUUCAGGUAGAUGCAGGACACUGCAAAGCAGUCCUACUCUUUGUUAAAAACAAAUAAAAUUCUUUGCUGACUAAAAUAAAAACAAGGGUUUUUUUAAAGUGUUUUUCCCCCAUUUGGAUGCCUUCUCCCACUUUAUUGUGGGUAUUUCAUUGUUAAAUGUUUGCUGCAAAUUGGAAGUUGUGCAUUUAAAAUCAUCAGUGUCAUUUGCUUGUACGGUACAAGAAAUCCGGAUUUGGUCAAUUUUUCAAUGCUACAGCAAAAGUAGAUCGUACUAUAAAGUAAUGCUGGUUAGAAUUUGACUAGAUGGACGCAUGUAACAAUGAAACCUUGGGAGACAACUUCCUUCAUGGUGAGCAAAAUCUUUUUAACUGCCAUAGCUGGUAUUCUUAAAGCUCUAGCUUUUGUUUUAGAGCUUGUCCACACAGAUGUAGUGCAUGGUAAGCUGGGAUGUGACUGUAUGGUGUGUUAGCGUGAUGUGCAGUAAAAGUUCUAUAGUGCGUUUUCAUGUACAGAGUAGAACUUUUAGGGCCUUGCAGGUUACUUUUUAGUGAGCUGUACAUUCACACUCUAUCUUGACAUAUACUGAAGGUAUGUCUUCACUACCCGCCGGAUCAGCGGGUAGUGAUGGAUCUGUUGGGGAUCAAUUUAUUGCAUCUCAUCUACAUACGAUAAAUCGAUCCCCAAAUCGACGCCUGUACUCUACCUCGGCAGUAGAAGUAAGCAGAGUCGAUGUGGGAGCUGCCGCGGUCGACUUGCCGCUGUGGGGAAGGCCAGGUAAGUCGAACUAAGAUACUUCGUCAGCAACACGAAUAGCGUAGCUGCAGUUGCGUAUCUUAGUUCGAACCCUGCCCCGGUGUAGCCCAGGCCUAAGUCUCGGUGUGGAUAAGCUCUAACUUGUUACAGCUUCUGCAUUUAUUUAGAUUUGUUCAAUGCUCUAUCUCGGCUUUGUACAGGGUAUUUAUUUUUUACACUUAGUUGUAUUCUACCAUUUUAAGGCAUUUUUCAGUCUUUCUUUUGUUUUGUGUGAUGAGCUAACUCUUUUGGGGGGGAGCAGUUGCUUCCCACUCGAAGAAAAUUAGCCAGAAUUUUCAGAGAACUCCCACACCUUCACAGGCAGUAGUCUGUCCUACUCCACAAGCCAUUUGUGCCACCUUUUGCAGUCAACAAAACGGUUAAAUAAAGGUACUGCUACCUCAAUCCCACAAUACUUUGAACCCACAAAGGAUUGUGGGUUAUGAUGUUCAUGGGAUAACUUUUGAGCAAUUUUUGAGUUGCAGACCAAAAUAGUUGAGAAUUACUAAUCUAGAGGAUGCUGUAUCAAUGAGCAAUGUCAACUUGAAAGUUCUAAAGAAUCAAAACAGUUUGACAAGGUCGUUCCUUUAUUUGCUAGGAUUGUGAAGUUAAUGACUGAAGUGACCACACCAGAUGUAAUAUUUGGAUUUUUUUUUAGAUUAUUUCAUAGUAUCAUGCCUUGAGUUCAAAGACUUUCACAGGGUAAAAGAGGAAGGGGCACUUAGAGGAGAAAAAUGGAAGUCCUCACUCAAGAUCACCAAUGUCUCGAAGCUAGAAGAAACCUGAGGUUGGCAUGUGUACGGACUCUUGCAGCGUUCUGAUAAGAAAUAUGAUGAAGCCAUUAAAUGUUAUCGAAAUGCUCUCAAAUUAGAUAAAGACAAUCUGCAGAUCCUAAGAGAUCUUUCAUUGUUGCAGAUCCAAAUGCGAGAUCUAGAAGGAUACAGAGAGACAAGGUAUCAGCUACUUCAGCUGCGUCCAACACAACGGGCUUCAUGGAUUGGAUAUGCUAUUGCAUAUCAUUUGUUAAAAGAUUAUGAUAUGGCCUUAAAACUACUGGAAGAGUUUAGAAAAACUCAACAGAUUCCUCCUAAUAAAAUAGAUUAUGAGUAUAGUGAACUGAUCCUAUAUCAGAACCAAGUGAUGAGAGAGGCAGAUCUAUUUCAAGAGUCUUUAGAACAUAUAGAAACAUAUGAGAAGCAAAUAUGUGACAAGCUUGUUGUAGAAGAAAUCAAAGGAGAAAUGUUGUUGAAGUUGGGAAGACUAAAAGAAGCUGGUGAAAUAUACAAAGAAUUAAUUGAUCGGAAUGCAGAGAACUGGUAUUAUUAUGAAGGCUUGGAAAAGGCCAUACAACCUAGCACUUUAGAAGAGAGGCUUCAGAUUUAUGAAGAAGUUAGUAAAAGACAUCCCAGAGCAGUUUCACCUAGAAGAUUACCUUUAAACUUUGUUCCAGGUGAAACAUUUAGAGAACUAAUGGAUAAGUUCCUGAGGGUUAACUUCAAUAAAGGCUGCCCACCCUUGUUUACCACUUUGAAAUCUUUAUAUUACAAUACAGAAAAGGUAGAAAUAAUUCAAGAACUUGUUACUGGUUACGAAGCCUCUCUGAAAACCUGUGACUUUUUUAGUCCAUAUGAAAAUGGAGAGAAGGAGCCCCCAACGACACUACUUUGGGUUCGUUAUUUCCUGGCACAGCACUUUGACAAACUUGGCCAGUGUUCAUUGGCCUUGGAAUACAUUAAUGCUGCAAUUGCAAGCACUCCAACAUUAAUAGAACUGUUCUAUUUAAAAGCAAAAAUUUACAAGCAUGUAGGUAAUCUCAAGGAAGCUGCCAAAUGGAUGGAUGAAGCACAGUCUUUGGAUACAGCAGAUAGAUUCAUCAACUCCAAAUGUGCAAAAUAUAUGCUCCGAGCAAAUAUGGUGAAAGAUGCAGAGGAGAUGUGUUCCAAGUUUACAAGGGAAGGGACAUCUGCUAUGGAAAAUCUAAAUGAGAUGCAGUGUAUGUGGUUCCAGACUGAAUGCGCUUCAGCUUAUCAGAGACUAGGGAAGUGUGGUGAUGCUUUGAAAAAAUGUCAUGAAGUGGAAAGGCAUUUUUUUGAGAUUACAGAUGAUCAGUUUGACUUCCACACAUACUGCAUGAGAAAGAUGACUCUUCGGGCCUACGUAGACCUUUUGAGAUUGGAAGAUGUUCUCAGAAAACAUGCCUUUUAUUUCAAGGCUGCUCGAUCAGCAAUUGAAAUCUACUUGAAACUACAUGAUAAUCCUCUAACCAAUGAAAGCAAAGAACAAGAAGUGAAUUCAGAAAACCUUUCAGCCAAAGAACUGAAGAAAAUGCUGAGCAAGCAGAGAAGAGCACAGAAGAAAGCUAAACUUGAAGAGGAGAGAAAGCAUGCAGAAAGAGAACGACAGCAAAAGACUCAAAAGAAAAAACGAGAUGAGGAAGAGGAGGAAACUAGUGGUCCCAAGGAAGAAUUAGUUCCUGAAAAACUGGAGAGAGUCAAAAAUCCAUUAGAGGAAGCUAUUAAGUUCCUUAUGCCACUUAAGAAUCUUGUUGCAGAUAACAUAGACACACAUCUGUUAGCAUUUGAAAUAUACUUUAGAAAAGGAAAGUUUCUGUUAAUGUUGCAGUCUGUCAAGAGAGCUUUUGCUAUCAACAAUAAUAAUCCAUGGCUACAUGAAUGUUUGAUUAAAUUCUCUAAAUCUGUAUCUGAUCAUAGUAAUCUCCCAGAAAUUGUGAACAAGGUCCUAACUCAAGAAAUGCAGAAAAUCUUUGUUAACAAAGAUUUGGAAAGUUUUAAUGAAGAGUUUCUCAAACAUAAUGCUACCUCCAUUCUGCAUCUGCUCUCAGGUGCUAAGAUGAUGUAUUUCCUAGACAAAUCAAGACAGGAGAAAGCAAUUGCUAUUGCUACUAGAUUAGAUGAAACUAUGAGAGACAAAAAUGUGAAGACUUUAACAAAGGUUUUCGAGGCACUGCUUGAUGGCAGCUUCGGAAGCUGCCACACCCAAUAUGAAGAGUAUCGGACAGCAUGUCAUAAACUGUUUCCUUUUACGUCUGCCUUUAUGCCUGCCACAAAUGAGGAUGACAGUAGCUUUGCAUCAGUGAACCAUACAGCCGUUAACCAUGAUGUGCUGUCCAAUGAAAUUUGAAGUAGUGUACAAAUAAAAUAUUUGACUAUACCUACAGACUGGUGGGAUGCAGAUCAGGUUUACUUUUCCAGGAUUCAGUUUUUAUAUCUUACAGGUAUAAAAUGAAAUAUUUGGAUGCUUAAAUGAAAAUGGAGUAUGCUGUUAGCGUGUUUUUCAUCCAACAAGAACUGCCAAUGUUUAUGUAAACAUUAUCUCUAAUCAACAUUUGUCAUGUUUAUUCUUGUACUGUUUUAAGUCUUUUAACAACAAAAUCCCCAAAUUAUGGACAUUAAAGACUACUUUCACCUAAGUGUUGUUACAUUUAGAAGUACAUAUAAUAAUUUCUUGGUGAUGAAAUUAUCCGUUGAGCAGAUUUUAGCAAAUUAGAACUGAAAAGUGCUGCUUGUAUCAACCCCCGUCAUCUUGUUCUGUUGGUUUUGGUUUCUUUAAUUUUGGUCCUUUUGGUUUCUUUUGAAGCACAUAACUGUAAAUGUUGGCUGUUUGCAUGUUUCUUGUCAGUUCUGUGUCUUAUAUGGAACUAUUGCUGGUGGAUAUGGAGGUUUGGUUAAAAAUAGAUGGUAAGAGUUUUCAAAAACUCUUUUCUAUCUACCUUUUGUUCCAUAGCUAUUUUUCCUUGCAUUUUUGAAUGGUUUAACAUUUUAAAAAACAGUUGAUUACAUGUAGUUCCCUGAAAUAAUAGUGAAUAUGAUACGGUUUCGAUACCAUUGUCUGUCUGCCUGUCUUCUUUCUUUUUUCAUUGCCAUUUAUUGGUUUGGAAAAGCUACUCCAGUUUUGGGCAGAUGCAUAAGGUACAAUAAUGGGGAAUAUGGUUCUCCUCAGGAUCAUAAAAAUUCACUGGUAAGUUUACUGUAUACCUCCAUUAAAAGUCUUAGGUGUGGACUUAUAGCGGAUAAAUUUAAUACUUCUCUUGCCUAAAUACUAUUGCUUUAAGUGCUACAAAAGCAACUAGUAGUUGAGGAGUGCAUUUUAUAUUUAAAAAUUAUUUAAGGGAGCACAAAUAGGCUGACUACAAAUCACAAUGAACCUCUUUCUUAUUCUGUGUUCUGGUGCAUUAACUAAUAAGUGCAUAAAAUAUACAACACAUCAAAACGAAAGUCUGAACUUAACAUAGCUGUUUUAAAGCAUAAUAUUGCAGGACAAAAUGACUACAUAUGACAGCUUUGCAUUCUACAAGAACUGCUAUCAAAACCUAAAUAUACUGUGGCUUGUACAAAAAAUACAUUUUCUGGAAACUGCAAUGGAAUCAUUCAGUCAGAUUUGUUUUUAUUUCACUGUAGUGUAAAUAUUUUCAGUAAUAUUAACUAGCCCCUCUAAGGCUAAUAUAAGUUCAUGAAGGGGGAUUUUAUUAAGACAAAUAAACUGUUCUAAUUAAAAUGGUCUCCUUUGUGUGUCAUCUGUUUAGAUUCAAAAUUGUUGAAUGAAAAGCUCACUGUAAAAUAAUGCCAACAUAUGUUAUGCUGUAAUAAAUUAUUUUGUACACA